AGAUCCAGCGAGAGGAACUUGAAAGGGGGGUUGUGUAACGUACCUUUUCCAAUCCCGGGCUGUAUAUGGAGAUUUGGGAUUCUUUAAACCGGCGCUACCUGGAUUUUAUUAAAAAGCUGGGAGCUCGGCGGGAGGAAAGCUGGCUUUUCCGGGGGCUGCGGGAGCCCGGCCGCGGGAGGGCGGAGGAGUUGGCGCGCCAAGAGCUCGGCCCGGGGAGCGGUUUUCAACCAAAAAAAGGAAAGGCGGGCAAAAAGUGUGAGGAGGCUGCGGGUGGCGAAGGGGAGCAGCGGCCGUGGGAUGGCGGGCAGCACGGGCGCCUAGCCGCGCCGGGAGCCGGGGCCGCCAGCGGAGUCGCCGUCGCCAGACCCCGGAGCCGGGAGCCCUGCCGCGCCAGACGCCGAGUGCGCCGCCCCGCGCAGCUCCGCCUGGCCGCCGGGAGGGGCCCGACGACCGACCGCUCGUGCGCCCCGGGCCGCGGGCCCGCCGCUGAGCGCAAGCCCCGCUGGCCCCCGCCGCCAUGCCCGCCGCGGAGCCCCCGCCGCCCGAGGACUCUGGGACUACGCCGAGGCCGAACUUUUAGGUCCCGCUGAGCGAGGCCCGCGGGCCCGGUGGGGGGCUGGCUGCGGCACUCCCGCGGAGGAUGGAUGGCCGAGACUUCGGGCCCCCACGGUCCGUGCACGGCCCCCCGCCGCCGCUGCUGUCCGGCCUGGCCAUGGACAGCCACCGCGUGGGCGCGGCCACGGCAGGACGCCUGCCCACCUCGGGCUUGCCGGGCCCUCUGCCGCCGGGGAAGUACAUGGCCGGCCUCAACCUCCACCCGCACCCGGGCGAGGCCUUCCUGGGCGGCUUUGUGGCCAGCGGGGUGGGGCCCUCGGCCUCAUCCCAUGGGAGCCCGGUGCCCCUGCCCUCUGACCUCUCCUUCCGCUCCCCCACCCCCAGCAGCCUGCCCAUGGUGCAGCUGUGGGCCGCCCAUGCCCAUGAAGGCUUCUCCCACCUGCCCAGCGGGCUGUACCCGUCCUACCUCCACCUGAACCACCUGGAGCCCCCCAGCAGCGGGAGCCCCCUCCUCAGCCAGCUGGGUCAGCCCAGCAUUUUCGACUCACAGAAAGACGGCUUCUACCUGCCGGCCCCGGGCGCCGCGGGCGCCCUGCACGCCCAGGCGCCCUCCUCCAGGACCCCCGGCGGCCACUCGGGCGCCCCAGCCAAAGGCUCCUCUCGGGAAGGCCCAGCCAAGGAGCGGGCGGGCCGCGGCGCGGAGCCUCCCCCGCUGUUCAGCAAGAAGGACCCGAGGCCCCGGGAGGAGGCCGCGGCGCGCGGAGUGGUGGACCUGACCCAGGAGGCGCGGGAGGGCCGCCCGGACCGCGGGCACGCGCGCCUCGCCGAGCGCCUGUCGCCCUUCCUGGCCGAGCCCGGGCCGCCUCGGGCCCCGGGCGUGGCCCCCGCCGAGCCCAAAGGCAAGAACCCUCCGCCGCCCUCCGCCCUGAGCCUCUGCAAUGGCGCGGACCCGGGGCUCCCCGCGCUGAUGGCCGAGGCGGCCCGGGGCGCCAAGGACGCGGCGCGCCAGGAUGAGAGCGCGCGGCUGCGGCGCACGGAGGCCCUGCUGCCCGGGCCGUGCCCCUGCCCCUCGCCGCUGCCGCCGCUGCCCCCGGGCAAGGGCCCCCCCGCGCCCCCGCCCGCCUCCGCCGGCGCCUUCGCCUCGCAGCCCGGCCCCGGCGGCUACACCAUCUUCCCCUCGGCGGCCGCACGCGAGCCGGGCCGCGAGCACCGCGUGGUGGCGCCCACCUUCGUGCCUUCCGUGGAGGCCUUCGACGAGCGCCCGGGCCCCAUCCAGAUCGCGUCGCAGGCGCGCGACGCCCGCGCCCGGGAGCGCGAGGCGGGCCGGCCCGGCGUCCUGCAGGCGCCGCCCGGGUCCCCGCGGCCGCCCCUGGACCGGCCCGACGGCCUCCGCGAGAAGAACUCCGUGAUCCGCUCGCUCAAGCGGCCGCCGCCCGCCGAGGCCCCGCCGACGCGGGCGCGCGCCUCCCCGGACCCCCGGGCCUACCUCCCGGCCAAGGAGCUGCUCAAGCCCGAGGCCGAGCCGCGGCCCUGCGAGCGCGCCCCCCGCGGGCCCGCCGCCGCCCAGCAGGCCGCCAAGCUCUUCGGCCUGGAGCCCGCGCGGCCGCCCGCGGGGCCCGAGCACAAGUGGAAGCCGUUCGAGCUGGGCAACUUCGCGGCCACGCAGAUGGCGGUGCUGGCGGCGCAGCACCACCACGCCAGCCGCGCCGAGGAGGAGGCCGCCGCCAAGAAGGCCUACCUGGACCCCGGGGGCGCGCUGCCCCGGGCCGCCGCCACCUGUGCCAGGCCGGGCGCCGAGCUGCACCCCCCGGGCGAGGCCUCGGCCAUGCAGAGCCUCAUCAAGUACAGCGGCAGCUUCGCCCGCGAGGCCGGGGCCGUGCGCCCUGGCGGCUGCGGCAAGAAGAGCCCCUUCGGAGGCCUGGGCACCAUGAAACCCGAGCCCGCCCCCCCCACCGCGGGCGCCCCCCGCACCCAGGCCCGCCUCCCACACCCUGGGGGCCCUGCCCCCGCCGGGGGCCGGCAGCUGAAGCGGGAUCCCGAGCGGCCGGAGAGCGCCAAGGCCUUUGGGCGCGAGGGCUCCGGUGCCCAGGGGGAGGCGGAGGUGCGACACCCGCCCGUGGGCAUUGCAGUGGCCGUGGCCCGGCAGAAGGACAGUGGCGGCAGUGGCCGGCUGGGCGCCGGGCUGGCGGACCAGGAGCGCUCCCUGUCUCUGAGCAACGUGAAAGGGCACGGUCGGGCCGAUGAGGACUGCGGGGACGAGCGGGCCCGGCACCGGGAGGAGCGGCUGCUGGGGGCGCGGCUGGACCGGGACCAGGAGAAGCUGCUGAGGGAGAGCAAGGAGCUGGCCGACCUGGCCCGGCUGCACCCCACGGGCUGUGCUGCUAACGGCCUGAACCCCAACCUCAUGGUGACCGGGGGCCCAGCGCUGGCAGGCUCAGGUCGCUGGUCCGCCGACCCCGCGGCCCACCUGGCCACGCACCCCUGGCUGCCCCGUUCAGGCAGCACGUCCAUGUGGUUGGCUGGACACCCGUAUGGCUUGGCCCCCCCAUCUCUGCACCAGGGCAUGGCGCCCGCCUUCCCGCCCGGCCUGGGGGGCUCCCUGCCAUCAGCCUACCAGUUCGUCAGGGACCCCCAGUCAGGCCAGCUGGUGGUCAUUCCCAGCGACCACCUGCCUCACUUUGCGGAGCUGAUGGAGCGGGCUGCUGUGCCGCCCCUCUGGCCCGCCCUGUACCCUCCGGGCCGCAGCUCCCUGCACCACGCCCAGCAGCUGCAGCUCUUCUCCCAGCAGCACUUUCUGCGGCAGCAGGAAUUCCUGUACCUGCAGCAGCAGGCUGCCCAGGCUCUGGAGCUGCAGAGGAGUGCCCAGCUGGUGCAGGAGCGGCUGAAGGCCCAGGAGCACCGGGCGGAGAUGGAGGAGAAAGUCAGCAAGCGGAGCCUGGAGGCCGCGGGCAAGGCCAGCCUGGCCGCCGCGGGCCCUGGGCUGCUACCUCGGAAGCCCCCUGGCCUGGCCACAGGCCCUGCGGGCACUUACGGCAAGGCCAUGAGCCCACCGCCGUCUCCCCGCGCUUCCCCUGUGGCUGCCCUGAAGGCCAAAGUCAUCCAGAAGCUGGAGGACGUGACCAAGCCACCGCCCACCUACGCCUACCCCGCCACGCCCAGCUCCCAUCCCAGCAGCCCGCCGCCCGCCUCCCCACCGCCCACGCCUGGCAUCACCCGCAAGGAGGAGGCGCCCGAGAACGUGGUGGAGAAGAAGGACCUGGGGAAGGACGCCUCCAGCCCCUUCCAGGCCUUGUUCUCAGAUAUCCCGCCCCGGUACCCGUUUCCAGCCCUGCCGCCGCACUACGGGAGGCCCUACCCGUUCCUGCUGCAGCCCACGGCGGCCGCCGACGCCGACGGCCUGGCCCCCGACGUGCCCCUCCCGGCUGAUGAGCCUGAGCGCCUGGCACCCUCCCCCGAAGACAAGCCCAUCCGCCUGUCCCCCUCCGAGAUCCCAGAGCCGCUGCAGGAGGGCCCCAGCGCGGAGCCGCUGGGGGAGCGGGAGGUGAAGGCGGAGGUGGAGGACGUGGACGAGGGCCCUGCGGAGCUGCCCUCCCUGGAGUCGCCGCUGGCACUGCGCCCCGAGGAAGCCAUGGCGACCCCGAGCCCCGAGGGUGGCCGCGGAGGUGGCCUGCUGGACGCUCAGGCGCUGGGCGCCAGUGGGCAGGGCGGCGCGGAGCCCUCCGGGUGCCUGGACUUCGCCGAAGCGCCUGUUGACUCGCCGGAUCGGACAGCAUCCUGCACGGCCGUCCAGGACUUGGGGGGGCGGCUGACCCCGGAGACGCUGGUUGAGGCUAAGGAGGAGCCCGUGGAGGUGCCCGUGGACCUGCCUGUGGCCGUGGCCGUGGCGGAGGCCGUGCCCGAGGAAGGCCUGGCCCAGGCAGCCCUGAGCGAGCCCCGGCCCAGCCUGGAAUUGGGCGACUGUGACGCGCCCCCCGGGGAGGGGCCGUGUCUGGGUCUGGAGGCCCCGGAGGCUGCGCCGGGGCCCGGCAGUGCCGGCUUCCUGGAAGAGGAGGGCUCCGACCCGUUCCUGCCCGGCCUGGAGGACCCGCUGGCCGGCAUGAACGCCCUGGCGGCGGCCGCAGAGCUGCCCCAGGCCCGGCCUCUGCCCUCGCCCGGCGCCGGAGGCCAGGCGCUGGAGCAGCUGGAGGCGGCGCAGAGCCUGGCGCUGGAGCGGAGCUUCCUGCACGGCAUCACCCUGCUCAGCGAGAUCGCGGAGCUGGAGCUGGAGAAGAGGAGCCAGGACGGGGCCGGUGCGGAGCGGGGCCUGGCGGCGCGGCCCUCGCUGGAGAGCCUGCUGGUGGCCAGCAGCCACAUGCUCAAGGAGGUGCUGGACAGCCCCUUCGUGGACCCGCUCAAGAGCCUGCGGCUCCCGCGGGAGCUGAACCCCAACAAGAAGUACAGCUGGAUGCAGAAGAAGGAGGAGCGGAUGUUCGCCAUGAAGUCCUCCCUGGAGCACAUGGACGCCGUGGAGCUGGACUUCCGCAUGCGGCUGGCCGAGGUGCAGCGGCAGUACAAGGAGAAGCAGCGCGAGCUGGUGAAGCUGCAGCGGCGCCGCGAGUCCGAGGACAGGCUCGAGGAACCCCAUAGAAGCUUGGCUCGCAGAGGCCCUGGCAGGCCACGGAAACGGACCCACGCCCUGAGCGCCCUGUCGCCCCCCCGCAAGAGAGGGAAGAGCCGCAACAGUAGCGGAAAGCUGAGCAGCAAGCCCCUGCUGACGUCGGGUGCCUACGAGCUGGGAGCCGGCGUGAGGAAGAGACACAAGGGGCCUGAGGAGGAACACGACGCCCUCGUGGGAACGGGGAAAGCGAUGGGGAGGAGCCAGCCUUGGGACGAGCACGAAGCCCCGUCGGACUUCAUGAGUCAGCUGAAGAUCAAGAAGAAGAAGAUGGCCAGCGACCAGGAGCAGCUGGCAAGCAAGCUGGACAAGGCCCUCUCCCUCACCAAGCAGGACAAGCUGAAGUCCCCCUUCAAGUUCUCGGACAGCUGUGGGGGGAAGCCCAAGCCGGGCGCGGGCUGCGGCCGGUACCUGACGCCGUACGACAGCCUGCUGGGCAAGGACAGGAGGGCGCUGGCCAAAGGCCUCGGCCUGUCUCUCAAAGCCGCCAGAGAAGGUAAACACAAACGGGCCGCCAAAGCCAGGAAGAUGGAGGCGGGCUUCAAGGCCCGCGGCCAGCCCAAGCCGGCCCCCUCCCCGUUCGCCUCGGAAGUGAGCAGCUACUCCUACAAUACGGACUCGGAGGAGGAGGAGGAGUUCCUGAAGGAUGAGUGGUCCGCCCAAGGCCCCUCCGGCUCCAAGCUGACAUCUUCCCUCCUGUGUGGCAUGGUGGCCAAGAGCAGCAAGCCGCCCGGGGGCCCCAAGCUGCCCAGGAGGGGCCUGGCGGCCGCCCGGACUCUGAGGCCCAAGCUGGCGGGCAGGAAGCAGCCGUUCUGUUUGCUGCUGCAGGAGGUCGAGGCCCGCUCCUCCUUCAGCGAUUCUUCGGAGGACUCGUUUGACCAAGAUGAGAGCUCCGAGGACGAGGGCGAGGACAAGCUGGAGGAAGAGGAGGACGAGGCUGGAGGCUACAGGCUGGGGGCCCGGGACCGAGCCCUGUCGCCAGGCCUGGAGGAGAGCGGGCUGGGCCUGCUGGCCCGCUUCGCAGCCAGCGCCCUUCCCAGCCCCACGGUGGGGCCGUCCCUGUCGGUGGUGCAGCUGGAGGCCAAGCAGAAGGCGCGGAAGAAGGAGGAGCGGCAGAGCCUGAUGGGCACGGAGUUCGAGUACACCGACUCGGAGAGCGAGGUCAAGGUGCGGAAGCGGUCACCUGCCGGGCUGCUGCGGCCCAAGAAGGGUCUGGGGGAGCCAGGCCCCUCCCUGGCCCCGCCCGUGCCCGGGGCCCGGGGCCCCGGUCCCACCAGCCCCAACAAGGCCAAGGUGGCGGCGGAGAAGGGGCGCAAGGCCCGCCGGCUGCGGGGCCCCAAGGAGCCCGGCUUCGAGGCGGGGCCCGAGGCCAGCGACGACGACCUGUGGACACGGCGGCGCAGCGAGCGCAUCUUCCUGCACGACGCCUCGGCCGCCGCCCCGGCGCCCAGCACGGCGCCCGCUGUCGCCAAGCCCAGCCGCUGCGGCAAGGGCGGCCCGCUGAGCCCACGCAAGGACACAGGCCGCGCCAAGGACAGGAAGGACCCCAGGAAGAAGAAGAGGGGAAAAGAGGCGGGACCAGGAGCUGCGCUGCCUCCGCCCCGCACGCCCGUCCUGCCCCCCGAGGCCCGGGCCCCUCACGCCGGCUCCCCGGCCUCCUCCGCCAAGAGGAGCAAGGCCAAGGCCAAAGGGAAGGAGGUGAAGAAGGAGAACCGGGGCAAGGGGGGCGCCGUGAGCAAGCUGAUGGAGAGCAUGGCGGCCGAGGAGGACUUUGAGCCCAACCAGGACUCGAGCUUCUCGGAGGACGAGCACCUGCCGUGUGGCGGGGCCGUGGAGCGGCCGCUGACUCCGGCCCCGCGCUCCUGCAUCAUCGACAAGGACGAGCUGAAAGACGGCCUGCGCGUGCUCAUCCCCAUGGACGACAAGCUGCUGUACGCCGGGCACGUGCAGACCGUGCACUCGCCAGACAUAUACCGAGUGGUGGUGGAGGGGGAACGCGGGAACCGGCCCCACAUCUACUGCCUGGAACAGCUGCUGCAGGAGGCGAUCAUCGACGUGCGGCCGGCCUCCACACGCUUCUUGCCGCAGGGGACCAGGAUCGCCGCGUACUGGAGCCAGCAGUACCGCUGCCUCUACCCGGGCACUGUGGUCCGAGGCCUGCUGGGCCUCGAGGACGACGGGGACCUCAUCACUGUGGAGUUCGACGACGGAGACACGGGGAGGAUCCCCCUCUCACACAUCCGCCUCCUGCCUCCCGACUACAAGAUCCAGUGCGCCGAGCCAUCCCCGGCCCUACUGGUGCCCAGUGCUAAGCGCCGCAGCCGGAAGACCAGCAAAGACACCGGGGAUGGCAAAGACGGGGGUGCGCCGGGGUCCGAGGAGCCAGGUACCAAGGCGCGAGGGCGCGGACGGAAACCCAGCACCAAAGCCAAGGGUGACAGACCUGCUGCCCUGGAGGAGGGGGGCCCAGCGGAGGAGGUUCCCAGUGCCCCGCUGGCCCUGGAGCCAGGCAGCACCCCAAGUUCCAAGAAGAGCCCCCCAGAGCCUGUGGACAAGCGGACCAAAGCCCCCAAGGCUCGCCCAGCAGCCCCCCAGCCCAGCCCCGUGCCGUCCACUUUCACUAACUGCCCAGCUCCCGAGCCCUUUGGGGAGCUGCCAGCCCCCGCCCCGGCCCCGGCCCCCGCCCCCCUCGUCGCCGCGCCCGUCACCAUGCCCGCCACCCGCCCCAAGCCCAAGAAGGCCCGGGCGGCCGAGGAGGCGGCCGGCAAGGGCGCCCGCAGGCCCGGGGAGGAGGCCGAGCUGCUCGUCAAGCUGGACCACGAGGGGGUCACGUCCCCCAAGAGCAAGAAGGCCAAGGAGGCGCUGCUUCGGGAGGAGCCGGGGGCCGGGCGCCCGGAGCCCAAGGGCCUCCUGGGGCUGGGCAGCUACGCCCCGGCCGCGGGCAGCAGCGAGCCCAAGGCGGCCCGGCCCAAGGCUGGGGAUGGCGGCCUGGCCCAGGAGCCGGGGGCCGGGCUCACGUUUGAGGACUCGGGGGUCCCCAAGAGCCCGGACAAGGGCCAGGCUGAGCAGGACGGGGCCGAGGAGUCGGAGAGCAGCAGCAGCAGCAGCAGCGACAGCGGCAGUGGCAGCAGCUCAGAGACUGAGGGCGAGGAGGAUGGCCAGGGUGGCGGCCGUGGCUGCACCGCCUCCAGCUCCAGGGCCUCCUCCUCCUCUUCCUCCUCCUCCUCCUCCUCUUCCUCCUCCUCUUCCUCCUCCUCCUCAUCCUCUUCCUCCUCUUCCUCCUCCUCCUCCUCAUCUUCAUCGUCAUCAUCGUCGUCAUCAUCAUCGUCGUCAUCGUCGUCAUCAUCAUCGUCCUCUUCGUCCUCAUCCACCACUGACGAGUCUUCCUGUAGCUCCGACGACGAGGCGGCCCCUGCCCCUGCGGCCGGCCCCUCGGCCCCGCCUGCCCUCCCCAGCAAGGCGCCCAAGCAGGCCGGCAAGGCGCGCUCCUCGGCCCACUCUCCCGGCAAGAAGGCGCCCCAGCCCCAGCCCCAGGCCCCCCCACCGCAGCCCCCGCAGCCCAAGGCUCAGGCCGGGCCUGGGGCCAAGAGCCGACCCAAGAAGAGGGAGGGCGUCCACCUCCCGACCACCAAGGAGCUGGCCAAGCGGCAGCGCCUGCCGUCGGUGGAGAACCGGCCCAAGAUUGCCGCCUUCCUGCCGGCCCGGCAGCUCUGGAAGUGGUUCGGCAAGCCCACCCAGCGCCGCGGCAUGAAGGGCAAGGCCCGCAAGCUCUUCUACAAGGCCAUCGUGCGCGGCAAGGAGAUGAUCCGCAUCGGGGACUGCGCCGUGUUCCUGUCGGCCGGCCGCCCCAACCUGCCCUACAUCGGCCGCAUCCAGAGCAUGUGGGAGUCCUGGGGCAGCAACAUGGUGGUGCGCGUCAAGUGGUUCUACCACCCGGAGGAGACCAGCCCGGGCCGGCGCCUGCACGAGGGCCAGCACUGGGACCCGAAGUCCGGCCGCAGCCUCCCGGCCGCGCUGCGAGCCUCCAGCCAGAGGAAGGACUUCAUGGAGCGCGCCCUGUACCAGUCCUCCCACGUGGACGAGAACGACGUGCAGACUGUGUCGCACAAGUGCCUGGUGGUGGGCCUGGAGCAGUACGAGCAGAUGCUCAAGACCAAGAAGCACCAGGACAGCGAGGGCCUGUACUACCUGGCGGGCACCUACGAGCCCACCACCGGCAUGAUCUUCUCCACGGACGGCGUGCCCGUGCUCUGCUGAGCGCCGGCCGCGCCGCUGCCACGCGGGCGGGCGCGGUGUGCGUGCGCGUGUGCCAUGGACACGUAUGCAUGCAUGUGUGCACACGUGUGCACACGUCUCCAGCCCCCUCUCCGACCCCCUCGGUGCCUCCCAAGAGGGGGCCCCUCUCCGCGGCCAGGGUGUGGCUCUGCCCGGCCCCAGGGCCGCGCCUCCAUCCCCUCGGAAGCACUUGGCCGGGACCCCGCUCCCCCGCUGACUCGGACUGAGAGGGCGCUUCGCGGAACCAAACUGACACUCGCUCUGCGGUUCCGGCCGCUGUGAGUCCCCCCGAGGCUCCCCGUGCCCGGCCCCCUCAACGUGGAGCCCACCCUCAGCCUCCCGCCGCCCACCAGCCUCACUGACCAGGCCAGGCCUGCGCUGGGCACCUGCCAGGGGCCCGGCCCCCUACCCUCUCAGGAUGCCCUGGACUUGGGGACAAAGCCAGGUGAGGCGCCCGAGCGUCGGCCAGGCGCCAGGCGGAGGGGGCUGCGUGCCCUGAGACCCCGGCCAGGGCCCACCCGCCUGGUGCAGACCCUCACACUACAGACAACCCCAUGGUGCUGAAACCCUGGCGGCCAGCCCGAGGGAGGCGGCAGUUCUUACCUGUACAGUUUUAUUGUACCGAGACGUUCCCCUGUAUCAUACACCCUUAAAUGGAGUCCACUUUUUAAUUAUAUAUAAAGAUAAAUAUAUAUAAAUAUAUAUAAAUAUAAACUUUUUAAAACUGUGAAAAAAUAGCUAUGAAAUUAUAAAAAAAAAAAGCGAACACAUUCUGACGUGCAGAAUAUUAUUUUUUAUUUCCUGUUAGAUUGUGAGUGUCUAGCACCCAGCUUCACGGGCCCCCCUUGUCCCAAGCACACCCCCCGCCCCCCCCGCCCCGGCCCAGGUGUACUGUACGCGCCCCCACAGGGAGGAGUUGGAGAGAGCAGAGGCUGAGGGGCCCAGAGCCCCAGGGCGGCCUGCAGAGCACUUAGCCCCGCCCUCCGGGGACGGAGGCCUGUCCAGACAAUCUUAAGGGAAAGAAAAGCCAGACUUCGGUUUUAUCUUUUGGGGGAAUUAUUGUUUAAUUUGUUUAGUUUCUUUUGGAAUUUUGUUUGUUGGCGAAUUCUGUGUGAUCUUUUUCAUAAAAAGCAAAAAAGAAAAGAAAAAGCUGUAAUUGGAAA